AUGAAGAAUUCCAAAUUAGAACAGUUACUUUUUGUCUCAGGAGAAAUUGCCCCCAACAUAGGAGUCUCCAUUGUUCCCAAAACCCCUUAUAAGCCAUCGACUGAGAAAAGUGUGAAGUUUGUCAAUAAAAAUGAAACUGUUCCAUCAUCAUUAUCUACACCUCUUUCUUCUAAUAAUCCUACUUCUAUCAUUAGUAGUAAACCAUCAAACAUAGCUUUUAAUUUGACAAGAAAUCAGAUUGCGAUCGGUUCAACUGUAUCAUCAUUAGUAAAUUCUGCAUCACUUUCAAAUGUCAAAGAAGAUGAUCCAAACACUACUACUCAACCAAAUAUCACGUCAGCUUUCACUGUAUCUUUAACUGCCAAUGAUAGUGGUAAUCUAUUCGUAAAAUCUACUUUAUUUAAACCGCAAACACCAUCAUCAUUGCUGAUCGUGAGUACAUCUAGUGGCGGUGCUUCUAUAGCUCAAUCGUCUGCACCAUUUGACCUAAACAGUUCUAAAGUCACUAAUCCAGUUUUUCAAAAUACUGAACCUACUAUCACUACGACUAAUAAUUCUAUUAUAACAUCCGUCACAACAAUCAAUGAAACAAGUCUCAUCAAUUCUAAUCCAGUUAUUCCUACUACCAGUUCAUUUUCCAAUCCUUUAGUUAUUCCUAAACCUAUUGCCAGCAAUCCAUCGAAUGAUUUCAAUAAUGCUUCACCAUUUAACUUGCCUCAAACUACUACUGUUUCUUCUAAAUCACCUGGACUAUCCUCACUUUUACCAACUCCAGUAUGUGGUAGUUCAGGUAUAAUGUUUGGGUCUGGACAAAGUCAAAUUAUCAGUACUGCCACUACCGAUACUGCGAUAAGUUCUUCAUUAAGUUCUAUUUUCACUGGUAUACCAUUGAACACUACAAGUACAAUAAUCACAAAUUCAAAUACUACAACAGAGUCCAAUGUUAUAUUCAACAGUAGACCAUCAUUCGGUGCACCAAAUUUGGUUACAGCCACUACUAUUGUUUCAUCAACCUCCAGCACUGGUACAAAUAUCUUUUUGCUUGACAAUCCAAAUCAGUUGUCUUCUACGAUUAAUAUGGAAUAUGUAACCACCGUUUCACAUGCGAAUACUGUGAUUUGUCUCACUGGAAUUUCUAUUUCGAAAAGUGAGGCUUUCAAUAAAACACCGACUAAAUCCGUCUCUUCAGUUUUCGGUGGUCUUUUUGCGGAAGUGGCGACCGUCAAUUCUCAACAUAUUACAUGUAAUUCAGCUAAUUGGGGUACUGGCCUCUUAGGCUCACCUAUGGGAUCCGAUACACAACCUAGAAACAAUUCAUUCUCUGUGUCAAACUGA